AGCAGAACUGAAGCGUUUCGUCUUUAUUGUUUUAAAAAGAUCAUUUAAGUCAAAUAAUUUCGUCAAGAAUUGAUUUUAAAUGAUUGCCGUCAGGAUUGGAUUGGGUAUCCUGUGCAUCUUGUAACGAAGCAGCACUUUUAAUACAGAUGGCCGCUCAUUGUGUGUCGAAGGUCGAGCUCUCCAUCUCUUGCAAUAAUCUUCUGGAUAAAGAUGUUGGAUCCAAAUCUGAUCCACUCUGUGUUCUGCUGCAAAGCAUCGGGGAUGACAAAUGGGCGGAGGUUCAACGUACAGAGAGAGUGAAGAAUUGCCAGGACCCCGAGUUCUCCACAAAGCUUCACAUCGACUACCACUUUGAAAAGGUGCAGAAGCUGAAGUUUGGCGUCUAUGAUAUUGACAACAAGUCUGUUGAUCUCAAAGAUGAUGACUUCCUGGGAGGCUUUGAGUGCACUCUUGGCCAGAUUGUGUCAAGUAGGAAGAUUACCAGACCCCUUCAGCUCAAGGCAGGAAAACCAGCUGGGAAAGGCACAAUAACGGUCACAGCUGAUGAGGUGAAGGACAACAGGGCUGUUGUGAUGGAAGUGGAGGCCAAAAACCUGGAUAAAAAGGAUAUGUUUGGGAAGUCUGAUCCAUUUUUGGAGUUUUUCAAGCAAGAUGAUGAUGGGAAGUGGCAGUUAGUUCACAGGACAGAGGUCAUCAAGAAUAAUUUGAAUCCAUCUUGGAAAAAGUUUAUGGUUUCCUUGCAUACAUUCUGCAGUGGUGACCUGAAUAAACCAAUCAAGGUAACUUGUUACGAUAAGGAUGAAGACACAAGCUCAGACAUGAUAGGAGAGUUCACCUGCACCACCGCUAAACUAAUGGAGGCUAAAGACAAUGCGGUUGAGUUUGAAUGCAUUCAUCCAGAGAAGCAAAAGAAGAAAAAGAGUUAUAAGAAUUCUGGAGUCGUCAGGAUUAAGUACUGCAAGCUUGAGGUACAGUAUUCAUUUCUGGAUUAUGUGAUGGGAGGCUGCCAAAUUAACUUCACGGUGGGCAUUGACUUCACUGGCUCUAAUGGAGACCCCCGCUCCCCUGACUCCCUGCACUAUCUCAGCCCUAAUGGCGUGAACCAGUAUCUGUCAGCCAUCUGGUCUGUUGGCCAGGUAGUCCAAGACUACGACACUGAUAAACUUUUUCCAGCAUUUGGAUUUGGUGCUCAAGUGCCUCCAAACUUCCAGGUGUCCCAUGAGUUCCCAUUGAAUUUCAACCCCAAUAGCCCAUAUUGCCAAGGAGUGCAAGGCAUUGUAGACGCCUACCGCAUGGUUUUGCCUCAAAUUCGUCUUUAUGGACCCACCAACUUCUCCCCCAUUAUAAAUCAUGUAGCCCGAAUUGCAGCUGGAGCCGCCCAGCAGCCGAAUGCAGCACAAUACUUUGUGCUGUUGAUCAUUACUGAUGGAGAGAUCACUGAUCUCGACCAGACAAGACAGUCCAUUGUGAACAGCUCCAAACUGCCCAUGUCCAUCAUCAUUGUGGGUGUGGGUGAGGCAGACUUCAAGGCCAUGGAGUUUCUGGAUGGGGACAGUGGAGUUCUAAAAUCUUUGACUGGAGAACCGGUGGCCAGAGAUAUUGUGCAGUUUGUGCCCUUCAAGCAGUUUGCAAAUGCUCCUAAAGAAGCACUGGCUCAGAGUGUUCUAGCUGAGGUGCCAAACCAACUCGUGUCAUAUUUCAAAAUGAGAAAUCUGGCUCCUGUCAACCCCCCUUCACCGACCAAGUAGACACAAGUUUGCGAAGACUUAAUUGUAGGUAUCUAAAAGAUAUAGUAGUUAAUUAGAAUUAGCAUGGAUCACCACUAGAGGGAACCACAGCUCUGUUAAAGAAAGCAACACCCCUAUGGUAAACCCUUAUGAAGACCACUUGUCUUGACUUCUAUUUCCUUUUUAUAUGUUAUGCAACAAUAUUCAUUUUCAAUCCUUCAUAUUAUUCUUCUAUCUUCCAAGAUUGUUAUUCCUAAUUUUUUAUAGAUCUAUUUUUCUGUCGUUGCAUAUAUUUUUGUAUUAUUGUUUAUGGAUGCCUUGAUUUUUCUUAAGCCAAUAUUUGAAAUCACUUUUAGGCCUUGCUCUGCUUUUUCGAUGCAGAUGUAUGCAAUAGCAAUCAGAAAUGCUGAUUUAUGAAUUCCCCUGCACUUUCUGCUGUGAAUGAAUCAAACUCAUUCUACCACUAUGCUGCAUUAAAUAAUCGUGCUGCCAUAAUAGAGAUGACUAGUAGUUAGAACCUUACCAAAGAAAUCACUGCAUGUUUUUUACUAGCAAACUAAAACUGUCAGAAGCUUGAAUCUUUAUGACAAUUAUUUUGCCAAUAUGUUGUCAUUCUUUUGACAAAGAUGUAUUAAGUGUCAUUUAAAAUACAUAUGCACUAUUGUAUGACUUUGAGUAGAAUAGAAUUUAAAAAUACUGGUUAUACUGGUAUAAAGACAGACUUUGGGUCCAUAGAACUGCCUUAUCAGUUAUGCUUUUUUUUAAAUGUUAUUUUGAGGAUGUGCAUUUGUGUCAAAUACUGUUUUAAAGAUUCAUUUGGAAUGGCAGAAGUUGUGCUGUUAAUUUGAGUUAUCAAACACAGAUGUUUGCACCUUAAUCAUGCUGUCAAAUUAAUCUGCACUUCUCCGUUAGAUCUGUUGAAUUUAGUUGUGUGUACUUGCGCUUGCCACAUGAAGCCUUAUGGGACCGUUAUCUUGUUUAAGGAAUCUUUAUAAUCUCCUGAUUUAAAGGGAAUGGGAUUGUAAUCACAUUAUGAAUGUUUUUUCACCCCAUCGUUUACACAUUUUCAGUUCUUCAGAAGCCAUUUUUCACUGACAGACCAAUUUUUUAUAACUGUCAGGAAGAAAUGCUGAAUAAAAUUGCCUUAUUAACGCACCUAAUAAACUUGUUUUUUUUAAGUCUU